GCGGUGGCUGAUGAGGCAGCCUAGGCUCCUUUCCGAACGACAAUGAAGCAGCAGGCGGCUGCGGCGGCUAUGACGACGAGCCCCAGCGGCACCAGCACUGCGGUCCCGGCCUUUCUCAGUAAGCUCUGGGCGCUGGUGGGCGACGCGCCGAGCAAUCAGCUCAUCACCUGGAGCCAGAAUGGCCAGAGUUUCCUUGUGUUGGAUGAACAAAGAUUUGCAAAAGAGAUUCUUCCAAAGUACUUCAAGCACAAUAACAUGGCAAGUUUUGUGAGACAACUAAAUAUGUAUGGUUUCCGUAAGGUAGUCCAUGUUGACUCUGGUAUUGUCAAACUGGAGCGAGAUGGCCCUGUUGAGUUCCAGCACCCUUAUUUCAAGCAAGGGCGGGAAGAUUUAUUAGAACACAUUAAAAGAAAGGUUUCUUCUUCAAGACCAGAGGAAAACAAAAUUCGUCAGGAAGACUUAUCUAAAAUUAUAAGCAGUGCUCAGAAAGUUCAAAUUAAACAAGAGACAAUUGAAUCCAGACUAUCUGCUUUGAAAAGAGAAAAUGAAUCUCUUUGGCGUGAAGUAGCAGAACUGAGAGCAAAACAUUUGCAACAGCAACAAGUUAUUCGGAAGAUUGUACAGUUCAUUGUUACCCUUGUUCAGAAUAACCAGCUUGUGAGUUUAAAACGCAAACGCCCAUUACUUCUGAAUACCAAUGGGGCUCCAAAGUCCAACUUGUUCCAGCAUAUAAUCAAAGACCCUGCAGAAAAUAAACAUCACGUACCACUCAACAGGACAGAUGGCCUAAAGCAAAGAGAACAGUUAUCAGAUGAUAUAAUUAUUUAUGAUAUCACUGAUGAUGUUGGUGAUGAAGAAAAGGCUCCAGUUACGCCAGAAACCAGUGAGGACAUGGCUACAGAUUCAAACUGUAGCCAUUCUCCUGAUAUUGUAAUAGUAGAAGAUGAUGAGGAGGAUGACUAUGGUCCUAUAAUUCAAGAAAAUACGAGUGCUGCAUCAAUAACUGUUCCUUCCAGUGGUUCUGUUGGUCCUUCCACUGAUGGUUCAAGCCCAUUAAUGUCCAGUGCUGUACAGUUAAAUAGCCAGUCAACCUUAACUGCAGAAGACCCAGUCUCAAUGAUGGAUUCUAUACUCAGUGAGAAUGGUGUGAUUUCACAGAAUAUCAAUCUUCUUGGAAAGGUUGAGCUUCUCGACUACCUUGAGAGCAUUGAUUGCAGUUUAGAGGAUUUCCAGGCCAUGCUCUCAGGACGGCAGUUCAGCAUAGACCCAGAUCUUCUAGUAGAUCUUUUUUCAAGUUCCGUGCAGAUGAAUCCUACAGGUCAUAUCAAUAGUGCAAAACUGGAGACAAAGGGAAUUGAAACUAUGAAGACAAAUGGCACUCACCCGGCUGAUCAAGAUGUGUCUGAUUCUAACCCUAAAUCAGAUAAACAGCUAAUUCAGUAUACAGCCUUCCCCCUUCUUGCAUUCUUUGAUGGCAAUUCCAGUUCGGCGAUAGAGAAUACAAAUCCCACACCUGAAGUGGUGUCUUCUGUAGAUAAACCAUUAGAAGUAGAUGAACUCCUGGAAAGCAGUUUUGAUCCUCAGCCAACCCAAAGCAAACUUGUCCGUCUUGAACCAUUGACAGAAGCAGAAGCCAGUGAAGCUACACUGUUUUAUCUUUGUGAACUUGCUCCUGUGCCAAUGGACACUGAUAUGCCACUAUUGAGCAACUAGCACAAGUGAUGAUACAAAAUAUUUAUUUAGAUCUUUUGUAAAUGGCAUUUUGUGGGAGCAUAUAAUGUGGAACCUAAAACAGCUACUUCUGUCACUUUUCCACAAGUUCAGUCAGAUCUGUUUAAGCAUUUAUACAAACCUACAGUUUGUUCACAUUAGUACACUUCUAGUGCUGUCUAUUUGGAAAUAUAUGUAUUCAGAAUAUACUGGGUAAUCAAAUAUGUUCAAAUUAACCUAUUAUGGGUUUUGUUUGCUUUUGGUCCUAAUGUAUGACUCAAUUCAUUAGUUUACUGGGUGGGAUGAUAUAGCACUUUUAGCAGUUUUACUCUCCUGUACUUUGUUUUUUCUAUUUUUACAACUUUGUUUAAAUAAAACUGUUAAGGGACUAGAA